AUGGCAACAGAGCAUGGCUCACAGCUGGUUCCUGACCCCCAGAAGACCCCCGAAGGAGUUGUAUCUCCUGGGAGUGCUGCUGAGGGCCCCACCUUGACCAGGAGAAGGAGCAAGAAGGAGAGGCGGCUGCCAGGGUCCCAGAAGGCCAGUUCUGGAAAGCAGUCCUCUGGCCAGGGCUCUGAAGCCUCAGGAAGCAGCAAGAACCCACCAAAGACCAAAGCAGGGCAGGAUGAGCCAUCUUCAGCACCGCCUGGGCAAGCCUCUCACCGACAGUCCCACCGACAUCGACCUGACCCCCAGCAGGACGCUGCCCAAAGGACUUAUGGGCCCCUGCUAAACCGCAUCUUUGGAAAGGAUCGUGAACUGGGCCCUGAGGAGUUGGAGGAGCUUCAGGCUGCUUUUGAGGAGUUCGACACUGACCGGGAUGGCUACAUCGGCUACCGGGAGCUGGGUGACUGCAUGCGGACGCUGGGCUACAUGCCCACGGAGAUGGAGCUCCUAGAAGUGUCACAGCAUGUGAAGAUGCGCAUGGGUGGCUUUGUGGAUUUUGAAGAGUUUGUGGAGCUGAUAAGCCCAAAGCUGAGGGAGGAGACAGCUCACAUGUUGGGUAUACGAGAGCUCCGCAUCGCCUUCCGAGAGUUUGACAAGGACAGGGACGGACGGAUCACGGUGGCAGAGCUGCGGCAGGCAGCACCAGCUCUGCUGGGGGAGCCACUAGAGGGCACUGAGCUGGAUGAGAUGCUGCGAGAGAUGGACCUCAACGGGGAUGGCACCAUAGACUUCGAUGAGUUUGUAAUGAUGCUGUCUACUGGCUGAGGCACCUGCAGGGACAACCUACUGCCCCUGAGGCCCAGAUACCAGCAGGAACCAGACGACCACACCCUGCCCCAGGAUGGAGAGAUCCUCCCCAACUGUAGGCUGCUUCUACUGUAACCACACCCACCUGACUCCAGUGUCUGCGUGUUGUCUUUUUCUCCCACUCCUAAGCUGUCAAGGGAAAAAUCGCAGCUGGUUGCAGUUCUCAGCAGAGAACAAGAUUUGAAUCUCUCCAGAUCCUGGAGAGAUAGGGAGUUCCCCAGCACUGGCUGCAUUCCAAUAAAUCAGGCCUAGUGUGCUGUGGGGGAAUUCCUAGGACAUGGUAGAUUGAGAGGGUGACCAGAUCAUUUCCCACUACUUAUGUGUAUAAAGUGCUACUUUGAAAAAUGAACUUGGGCCAGGUAAAAUGGCUCAGUAGAUAAAAGCUCUUG